ACUUCCCGCGGAGGGACUGUCCCGUGGCCGCCGGCGGGGCGAGAAGGACGCCGAGCGCCGGGGACGGCGGCGGCGACGAUGGACGACCGCAGCCUGGACGAGUUCCGCCGGCGCUGGCAGGAGGAGCUGGCGCAGGCCCAGGCGCUCAGGAAGCGGCGGCGGCCCGACGCUGCGGAGCGGCGGCCGCGGCGGCCCGAGGCGGCUCUGGGGCGCGGCGAGCAGGCCUCGGGGUACCUGGCGCUGGCCCAGGGCCUCCUGGAGGGAGCGGGGCGGCCCCCGGCUCCGCGGGCGACCCGGGCCGAGAGGCAGGACGCGGCGAGCCGCUCCCGCUCCCCUCCUGCCCGCGAGGGCGCCGGGGGCGGGGAGCAGCUGGUGGACCAGCUCAUCCGCGACCUGAAUGAAAUGGACGACGUGCCCUUCUUUGAUAUCCAACUGCCUUACGAACUGGCAAUCAAUAUAUUUCAGUAUCUGGACAGGAAAGACCUGGGAAGGUGUGCACAGGUGAGCAAGACGUGGAAGGUGAUCGCGGAAGAUGAGGUGCUGUGGUACCGGCUGUGCCAGCAGGAGGGCCACCUCCCCGCCAGCAGCAUCUCCGACUACUCGUGCUGGAAGCUCAUCUUCCAAGAGUGCCGAGCCAAGGAGCACAUGUUAAGGACCAACUGGAAGAAUCGCAAAGGAGCCGUGAGCGAGCUGGAGCACAUUCCUGAUGCGGUUUUGUGCGACGUGCACUCCCACGACGGCGUUGUCAUUGCCGGAUACACAUCAGGGGACGUAAGGGUGUGGGACACCCGCACCUGGGGCUACACAGCCCCUUUCCUGGAAUCGGAGUAUGAGGAGGACGAGCCUGGAAUGCAGCCAUAUGUCUCCUUUGUGAGGAUAAACAGCUCGCUGGCGGUAGCGGCUUAUGAGGAUGGAUUUCUUAAUAUUUGGGAUCUACGGACCGGAAAGUAUCCCAUCCACCGUUUUGAGCACGACGCAAGAAUACAGGCGCUGGCCCUCAGCCAGGAGGAUGCGACCGUUGCCACGGCUUCCGCUUUUGAUGUUGUGAUGUUGCGCCCCAAUGACGAGGGCUACUGGCAGAUCGCCGCUGAAUUCGAAGUUCAGAAACUGGUUGACUACCUUGAAAUCGUUCCAGACACCGGAAGGUAUCCUGUGGCAGUGGCCACGGCUGGAGAUCUGGUAUACCUGCUAAAAGCUGAAGACUCUGCCAGAACCCUCCAUUAUGUCUACGGCCAGCCUGUCACAUGUCUGGAUGUCUCAGCCAACCAGGCUGCUUUCGGUGUGAAGAGUCUGGGAUGGGUAUACGAAGGAAACAAGAUCCUGGUGUACAGCCUGGAGGCAGAGCGCUGCCUCUCGAAGCUGGGUAAUGCCCUCGGGGACUUCACCUGCGUCAACCUCAGAGACAGCCCUCCCAACCUCAUGGUCAGUGGCAACAUGGACAGGAGGGUGAGGAUCCACGACCUCCGCACUGACAAAAUCGCCCUUUCGCUCUCUGCCCACCAACUGGGAGUUUCCGCAGUACAGAUGGAUGACUGGAAAAUCGUCAGCGGAGGCGAGGAGGGCCUGGUCUCGGUGUGGGAUUAUCGGACGAACCAGAAGCUGUGGGAAGUGCACUCCAGACACCCCGUUCGACACCUGUCCUUCAACAGCCACAGCCUCAUCACGGCCAACGUGCCCUACGAGAGGGUGGUGCGGAACACCGACCUGGACUUCACGGCCCACAGGAGACACCGCGGGCUGGUCCACGCCUACGAGUUUGCGGUGGAGCGGCUGGCCCUGCAGAGCACGCUGCCCGUGUGCCGGGCGCCCGAGGACACCGCGGCCGGCUAUGCCCUGGCGCUCGCCUUCCCCUAGGACCACGCAGCAGAGGGGGAAGAACCAGCCUGAUGCAUUUGAAAACUCCCCAGAGCUCUGUGCUGGGCUGUAAGCAUCCGGGGGAAGAGCACAGCCCCGGCUGCACCGGUCUGGCCCCACAUACUCCUCGGCUGCCGGUACGUUUUUCUGUAGCUGCCUGUGCAAAGUGGCUAGCUCCGUCUCGGUUUUCUGGGUGCUCGGGUCCUCCUCUGUGGCUUUCAGGGCCUCCCUCUCACGACUCAUACUACACCUCCUCCCUCCCCCUGCAUCUGCUCCCCGCCCAGCUAUCCUGGUCACCCGGGCCCUAGCCGGGGCCCCUCUCCCCUGGAGCCCGUGUGCAUCUCCCCCUGCAUCUGUACGCACGGUGCAGG